AUGUUCAGCACGUGGGAUCUCGUCCGACCGCGCUUCUGGUACCCCAUGUCGUCUCUGGAGCAGUCCAUGAUGGACCUCGAGCACAUGAGCAACCUCAUGAGCCGCUCGCGCUUCCCCUUCGACAUGGGCAACGAGAUGCUGGCGGCGCCCAGCAAUGUUGACGACGACGAAUUCUUCCGGGAUCUGCCUGUGCUUUUGCGCGAGCAGAGACCGACGACGCAGCACCGCGAGGUCGCUACACAGACGACAGAAAAAUAA